AUGCAUCCCUUCGCCUCAUACGUCUUGCGCAGCUACUACCAUGCCACAGGUUGGAAUGAAGACAAUCUCUAUGCCAACCUAACACGGUCUUCUAAUGCUAUUCUCGAUUUCUCGGUACCCCGGGGCCUGCAUUUCUCCAUUUCCAAGUCCCCCAAUCCUUUAUUCAAGACAACGUAUUCUAUGAAUGCUCUUCCAUCACUUAACGGCUCUGUGGGGUACAUAUUUACUUCAUGCGAUCUCGACGUGAAGGGCUCUGGAGACGUGCGCUUCAAAGAGUUAGUCGACCGUUUCAAGGUUUAUGAUCAGCCACGGAGACCGGAAGGGAAGGAAGAAGAAUGGCUUGCAGGAGAGCGGGUCGAUACCCGUGACUACCUGCUUUACGGCCGUUACUACAUCCCCACCGGCAGACUUGAUGCGCUCUACUCAACGAGGCUAUCCCCAACUAUCCAAGCUAUGGUAGCCGCUAUAUCUGACCCACGCUCGAGUUUGGUGUCAGAGCGGACUCGCUCAGUGCAUGCGAGCAACAUCAUGUUCAGCGUGCAACACGAUACCGGGAAGUGGUGCACGGAAUAUACAUGGAGCGCCGAAGAUGGAAUGUGGGGUGUCCGGUGCUUGCAUAACUUCGGGAAGCUGGGAAGCUCUGCCGAGCCGACAGAGGAAAGCAUCAAGUCGCCAUCAGAGCUCAAGCGGAUAGACGAGGAAGAUGCUAUGGAGGGGGGCCUGAAGGGUCGGAUAUCGGCUGGCGCUGAGUUCUACUUCAGCGCGAAGGAGAAGAGCGCUGGCGUGUCUACUGGUAUACGAUUUACUACCCUCCCAGACGCUACUCCUCCAUCAUUCCAGCUUCCCUCAUCUUCAUCUGCCUUGUCAUGUCCCUCGCGGUGUCCUCCAUCACAACCUCCCACCACCAUCACCGCGCUCUUCAAUCCCAUGCUCGGCCAUAUAUCUGGCGCGUACGCAGCGCGUGUAUCGCCGGACCUGUCAGUUAGCUCUCGGUUCGACUUCAAUGUCUACAGCUACGAAAGCGAGUGGACCGUCGGUGCAGAAUGGUGGACUCGUCGCAAAUUUACUCCGGUAAAUUCAUCCGCCGUCCCUGCAGACUCUACGGCCCCUCGACAACCGGCUUCGUUUGAACACAGUGGUGACGUGCAGGGAGUAGUGAAAGCACGCGCUUCCACUACAACGGAUGUGUCGUUGAUGUGGGAGGGACGGCUGCGAAACAUUCUGGUCAGCUUGGGCAUAGUCUCCAAUCUUUCCAGCCGUUCGAAACCUAUCAAGGCAAUUGGACUUGAACUCUCGUACUUCAGUUCCGGUUAG